AAGUCACAGCCCGGCGUGCAGCAGCGGAUGACAGACCCUCCCUCUGACGCGCUCAAACUGCUCUGAGAUCAGCCUGUGUUUGUCAGAGCGCAGCGGAGCGCGCGCAGCUCCGGACGCACCUGAGUGGUCCGCGCGGAGCAGUGUGACCACCACGACGGUCUCUCUCUCUCUCAUACACACACACACACACACACAUUCACACACCCACUCUCGUGGGACAACUGCCACGUCUCGUCCGAUGGAGAGAGGGGCCGAACUCCCUCCGACGGGUCGUCGCUGAUGCGGACUUCCAGAUGAUCAGUCUUUUCCUCACGCGCCUUCUGCUUAAAGCGGGACUUUCAGGAAGAACCGGAAGUCCGGAGAGCUCCGCGUGAAAUCUUCGCUACGAUGUCCCACACCGUCUGCGUGGAAAACUUAAAGGCAUGCUGCGUGGCGAAAGGCGCGUUCGUGCGAGCAAGCCGGAGCAGAUGGACUCCCGCCCCACAGCACACCUGACACGAUCUUUGUUGCUGAAUGGGUGACGAGCCUCCAGUCGCUUCAUACACUCAACGCAUUGUGCAGGACAGGGUCCCCCAGCUGGGUCGCAGGGAUGUACCAGGAGGUGGCCUUCUUGGCAGGCAACACUGACCACCAGUUCACCCCUUUUCGCUUUAACCACGUGGAAAAUCCACAGGAAGUCACAUCCAAGAAGGGCUUGUUCUACAAGAGAGCCCAGGUUCUGCUCCAGCCUCAGCUCAACCAGCAGGACGGAGACGAGGCGGGCCUGGCUGACAGGGCAGCCAUUAUCAAUGUGGGGGGGAUCAAGUAUCACAUCCCCUGGUCCACCCUGGACGAGUUCCCGCUGACCCGACUGGGCAAGCUGCGCAGCUGCAGCAACGAGGCCGAGAUCAUGGACGUGUGCGACGACUACGACGUCAGCCGCAACGAGUACUUUUUCGACCGCAACCCGUCGGCCUUCCGCAUCAUAGUGACCUUCCUGGCGGCGGGGAAGCUGAGGCUGCUGAGGGAGAUGUGUGCCCUUUCCUUCCAGGAGGAGCUGCUCUACUGGGGCCUGGAGGAUGACAACCUGGAGUGGUGCUGCCUCCGCAAGCUGCGCCUCAGGCAGGAGGAGUACAAGGAGCUGCAAAGGCUGGAGGAGGAGGAAGCCGAGCUCACUGCCCCGCAGUCCUGCGAGGAGAGCCAGCAGCCUCCAGGCGGGCCGGAGGAGACCCUCUCGGGGGGCUGCAUGCGAAGGCUCAGGGACAUGGUGGAGAACCCGCACUCGGGCCUGCCCGGCAAGAUCUUUGCUUGCCUGUCUGUGCUGUUUGUAGCCAUCACCGCGGUGACGCUGUGCGUCAGCACCAUGCCGGACCUCAGAGAGGAGGAGGAGAGGGGUGAGUGCUCCCAGAGGUGCUACAACAUCUUCGUUCUGGAAACGGUCUGCGUCGCCUGGUUCUCCCUGGAGUUCCUGUUGCGUUUUAUUCAGACUCAGAGCAAGUGCACGUUCCUGCGCACGCCGCUCAACGUCAUCGACGUGGUGGCCAUCCUCCCCUACUACAUCACCCUGAUCGUGGACUCUCUGUCUGUGGGGGGCAAGCCCGCGGGCUCGGGGAACAACUACUUGGAGAAGGUGGGCUUGGUCCUCCGGGUCCUGCGGGCCCUGCGGAUCUUCUACGUGAUGAGGCUGGCCCGCCACUCGCUGGGCCUGCAGACGCUGGGCCUGACGGUGAAGAGGUGCACGCGCGAGUUCGGCCUGCUGCUGCUCUUCCUCUGCGUGGCCAUGGCCCUCUUCUCGCCACUAGUGUUCCUCGCCGAGAGCGAGAUGGGCGCCAAGCAGGAGUUCACCAGCAUCCCCAGCAGCUACUGGUGGGCCGUCAUCUCCAUGACUACGGUCGGCUACGGCGACAUGGUCCCCAGGAGCAUCCCGGGCCAGGUGGUGGCACUCAGCAGCAUCCUGAGCGGCAUCCUGCUCAUGGCCUUCCCCGUCACCUCCAUCUUUCACACCUUCUCCCGCUCCUAUGUGGAGCUGAAGGAGGAACAGAACCGGGCGCUGAGGCAGAAGCCCGACUCGCAGGACAGCACCAAGUCGCAGAACAGCGAGGACUCGCAGGAGACGGACAGCUACCGUGGCAUGGCGGAGGCCACUGCUGCGGCGGCGCAGAGGAGGAAGUCCAUGGCUGCUCAGAGGGCGGCUGAGAUUAGAGCGUCAAUGAACACUUAGACGCUGACGGUCGAAUGACUUUUCUGGAGAAGCUGAAGAGAAGGGGGAGAUUUCACUGCUUUGACUGCAGGCGUCCCUGUGCAUCAGAUUAUAUCUGCGGGUCGCCAGGUUUACAAAGGAGCAGCAGAAAUAUUUUUUUUCUUUGCACAAAUCUUACUGUGACAUUAAGAAACAGCACAAUAUCCUAGAUGAAACACCUUUAGCAACAUAAGACUGAUGGCCGGGAAGCUUGUGAAGAGGAAAUCUAACACCACAGCAUCACAUUCUGUUCUUCAGAGCCUGGACUGAAACGCACAUGGUGUUUUUAUUCUGAAAUGAAGGUGUUGCUCAUUUGUCAGCUGUGCAUUAUGUGAAGAUACAUACAGCAGAAACCAGAUAUGUAUAUACAUCCAGUUUUUAGACAAACUUUUCCAGUUUUAAGUCAUUUGGAGGAGUGUUUUUUAAA